GCUACUUGGUCCCAGCCUGAGCAUGUUUUCGGUGACGAGGCUUGGUUGCGUGGUGUUUUGAAGAGUUUUCGUGCACUCAUGAAUUGGGCCGGCAGUUGGACAGCUUUGAGGUAAUGACCCUGUUAUGUUCCCAGUGCUCCACUCCACCUGUUCAUAUUAAUCCAUGGUCUCACAGGUCUUGACUCUCAACCACUGCCAUGUCAUCGAACAUGAUGGACACCCCGGGCUAUACCUCCACCCUUCCAGGCACCCAGGUCACCUCUGGAUCGGAGACCUCCUAUCUCUAUCCCUAUCAUCCUCCAGCUGUCGCAAAGUCCUUGAUCGAAAUAGCCCAGGCUUUAGUAAACCCCCGUGGAAAGGGCAUCUACGCUACAGAUGAGACCAUCGAUAGCAUCGAAUCAAGGCUCGCUUCCGCAGAAGGUAUCGUAGGCAAACUGUACACCGACGCUGAGAAGAGAGAGCGUAGAAGACGUUUUAGACAGUGCCUUUACGAAUCCCUUCCAACUGAUUAUAUCUCGGGCGUCAUUCUGUACCACGAAACCCUCUUGGACUUCCAGAUGGGUCCAGUCUUAUCAAAUCGAGGCAUCAUCCCAGGUGUGCGUGCAGACACUAAUGCACAUCCGCUUCCGAUUUCACCCUCCGAACCUGCGACACAAGGCCUCGAUGAUCUAUUGCCACGUCUCCAAGCAGCCGCUCGCGCCGGUGCUCGCUUCAGUAAAUGGCGAGCUCCUAUCCUCUGCAAUUCAUCUACCCUUCCUACGCAAGCAGCGCUAGAAGUUCAGGCAGAGAGUCUCGCUCGAUUCGCAGCUAUCAGCCAGCAAGCUGGGUUAGUUCCUAUUGUAGAGCCAGAUGUCGAUUUUGCGGAAGAUGCCAGUCUAAACCGCAGUGUUGAAGUCCACAUCAAGAUUAUCAGCAUGAUCUAUGCCCGAUGCGCUGCAUACGGCGUCCUUCUCGAAGGCUCCUUAAUUAAACCGUCAUUCCCCCAACCGGGUUUGAAGCACCCCUCUCGGGCGAACACCUCCGUUGAGACUAUUGGCCUUGCUGCAGCUACCGUCCUUGCGCGUUCCCUUCCCGUCGCCGUCGCCGGUGUCGUUUUCUUAUCUGGGGGUCUUUCGGAUUCUGACUCGGUACAGUACCUCAACGCCGUAAAUGCUAUCGUGAAUGGUGCACCUUCUGAGUCACCCCUGUGUUUGUCCCGCCUACCCAACCUAUCUUUCUCGUUCGGUCGUGGGCUGCAGGGUAGCGCGAUGCAGAAGUGGGUCAAAGGAAAUGAGGCCGGAGCCAAGGCUGCGUUCGAGGAAAGAGCCAAAGCAUGCUUUCUAGCUGCUAGGGGAGAGAUGUGAUCUCCAAAGGACCCAGAGUUUGGUUUCGUUUUUGGACACUACCGUAAUGACAUUGAGGUGUGGAUAACCAUCAGUGCUAAUGCAUACCUCUGCGCACAUCAAUC